AUGAGCGAGGGACGUCUGCAGCACCUGCUGCAGCCCAUUCGCAAGAACUGGAACAUCGAUUUGGCCUCGGAACUUGAGGAAUACAUGGACAAACUCGAGAAUCUCAACAUAGCGUUCGACCCCGAGGACGGCGCCAGCAUCGCGAGCGGGGAAGGACCUGGCGUCAUGAAUUUCGCCGAGGCAGCGUUAUUAAUCCAGGGCACGAGCGUCAUUUACAGUCGCAAAGUCGAGUAUUUACAUGCUUUAGUGUACCAAACACUAGCGCAUUUGUCCAAACAGGACGAUAGGCAACAGAAUCAAGCUAAUGGAGACACAGGCGAGGCACAGAACGACGAAGACGACGAUGAUGCAGACGUCAGUGUGUUUAACAACCCCUUGCCGCUCUAUGACAAGUUGGAGGAAGCCAAGUCGACACAUAUCACUCUUAAGAGGUCGAAACAGGAGGACGAAGAGACGGAAAGUGAUAGAAGAAGGAAGAGGAAAGAGGCCAAAGCAUUAAACCGAAGCAAGAACAACAUACAGGCAUCUAUAGCGCUCAUGGGGUCGCUCGUACCCGACGAGAGAGACCAUGGAGAGACGUUUAAGUUGCUGUCGUGCAACUUACACGCUAGUGGUGUGUUGCUGCUGGACGAAGCAAGUAAAAAGUACUUGAAACCCGCGCAACAGACUGCUGGAGCCCAGUCUCUUGCGUUUGGCGAGACGCCAGGAAGACAUGGAGGCAUGUGGGUCGCUGCGGAUGGCGAGAAUCCAGCCACAGCGUUGAAUUUCGACGAUAUGGACGAUGACGGACAUGAUAACGACUAUGACGACCAGCCAGACUUUGAAUAUGACGCUGGAGAGCCCGCACAAGACGAUCCUUGGACGCCUCUGGACGCGUAUGACGCCAGUUCAUCAGUCGCUCGACCAUUCAAGAAAGGCCGAUCGUACCCUCGUGUACCAGCUUAUAAGAAGAAGAAGCGCGGCUCGGUCGCUCUUAGCAAUAAGGAAGGCGCCGUGGGGAUGGAGGACGAAGCCGAGCAGGAUGGGCUGUCGGAUCCUGCGUUCCAAGAUCGCUUUUUUAUGAACGCGAAUGGACCGCAAUGGGCGUCGUGGGUUUGGACGGAAACUUCAAGGGAAAACCCACUUGAGAAGACUUGCAAACGCAAUUUUUGCAAAACUCCGUUGCUAGUGAAAACAUGCGACAUGUUGUGGCAACGGGAGGCGAAAUGGCGAAGUAUGAUGCGGCGUUGUGAAGCGCGUGAGAAACAGAGUGCCCAGGCUAUGUUGCUACGUGAACAAGCCAUGGAGGAAGAGGAAGUAGACGGACAAGACCAAAUGCAGGCUUUGACAUUGUCAACAGCAACUGCCAGACUGGAUAUGGCUGUGGAUAAUUCGGGUGGUCCACUUACAUACGAGGAAAUCUGUCGACAGCACUUGGCGACUUUUAUGUCGGGCACGGAGAAAUAUGUCCGUGAAACUGAUCUGAGUAAAAAGGUCAGUGAUUGGCAAGACAAACUGUCGCCACUGUUGAAGCAACAGGACACACGUCCUCCGUUUGAUAUUCACCUUUAUGGUAGAGAAAUCAUUGGUCGAUUGGAGGAGGAACAGAAGAAUAGUAGUCUGGCUAGACACAGCAAGACUACGCAAAGAGACAAGAACAAACGCAUACGAUUGGCAACUGACGACGAGGAGAGCGAGACGGUGCCGUUUGAGACACUGGUGGAUGGCAAGAGCCAAUUCGAAGUGUGUCGACUCUUUCUGGCGUCGUUGCAACUGGCAAAUAGUGGAAAUGUGGCGCUUUUUCAUGCUCGCACUGCGGCAGAGCACGGACAAGUGCCCUUUAAGAUGGAGUUGCUCAGCACUGCCAACGCGUACGAAGCACUUCAAGCGUAA